AGGGAUAAAAUGAUUAAGUGAACUGAACUAAACUAACCAAUUAAUAGUGAAUAAAAAUAUCACCUUACUGUAUUUUUAAAAGAAGGGAAUACACUGAAACAAACUGAAUGUAUCCUAAUUAAAUGAGUACUACUGAACAUUCUCAAACGGCAGUUAUAACAUUUUCUAGUCAAACAUGUUGGUCAUCUUUGAAAACACUUCACGAUCUACCAUCUUCAUACUCAGUAAAUGGUGCAUACUUCAUAACUGGUUCAGUAGAGCACCAUUCAAAUGAAAUAUUCAACCAUUUUCAGUUUACAUGGACUACAAUUAUGCCAAUUAUUAUUGUCCUAUGUACUAUAUUAGGUAAUUCACUUAUAUGUCUUGUUGCAUUGAUAGAUCGUCAUCUAAGGCAUAGAUCAAAUGUUUUCUUUAUCUCAUUGUCUUUGACAAAUAUCUUGUUCUCUAGUACUGUGAUGACUUUCAGUAUCAUGUACAAUCUAAUGAAACCAGAGAAUUUUUCAGAUAGUUUAGUAAAAGUCUUUUUAUCACUAGAUAAACUAUUUUGUACUGCAACAAUACUACAUUUGGUUGUAAUGGCAUUUGACCGUUUUUCGCAUAUAAAAGCACCUUUAAAGUAUUCACGUAGAUUAAAGUUCAGAUUUUUGUUUUUAAUAUUAUCUGGUCUAUGGUUUUUAUCAAUACUCAUAGCUAUUUUACCGAUUCAACUUAAUUGGCAUACAUCAGACUACAGAGAGUGUAUAUCUUCUACUUCCAGUGUUGUAGGUCCUACAACUACUACUCAAAUUCCGGAAAGUAGUACAUCACAGUAUAUUGAAAAUAAAAAUUGCACAUAUUCUUCUACUCAUUCAUCUAGGUUGUCUUCGUCAUCAGAAAUGUCAACUCCAUCAAAAGCAGAAUUUAUAACACCAACAAAUUACAUACAGAUAAAUAACUUUCCAUGUAUUCAUCAAAUUGAUUUUUUCUAUGCUCUGACAAACGCUAUAUUCAGUUUUUUUAUCCCACUUAUCUUGAUGGUGACCAUUUAUACACGUUUAUUUUUACUGACAAAACAGCAUAUUAGUCGACUGAAUUUUUACCCAAAUUCUACCAAAUGUCCUCAUGAUCUAUCAUUCAGUGAAACUAUAAAUGGUAAACAAUUAUUUUAUACAUCUCAAGUAUCACCAAACACUAUGUCAAAAAGAAAGUCAUUGUCAAGUGCGCGUACUGUCUACUUGGAUCCAAACUACGAUUUAACUAACAGUCUUAGAAGUUCUCUUACGGUUUCGACAGAUGUAUUAAAACCCCGACCUCGUCUGUCUAGAUCACAUCUGGGUGCUUCUCUGCGUUCAGUACAGAUAACAUCUAGACACGGGUGUUUAUCUGUAACAAAAAAGCUAUCACUGUACACUGCAAAACCUCAACCGGUUCUUUUUCAUCUUCGGAACAUUCAACUCGACGAAAGUAUAGCUUGCCUGGCUUAUGUCUCCCUUUAGGUAAAUCGUCCAAUCCUUAUCCUAAUGGUGACGGAUUAUCUCGUCAACAGAUGCAGUUCAAUUCUUCAGAUAAACAAAUGCAUAAAGCACAUAAAGCAGCUAUUACACUUGGUGUGAUAUUGGGUUCAUUUACUGUGUGCUGGUUGCCUUACUUCACCAUCAACUGCAUGGCAUCAUUUUGCAAGUGUGUGCCAAAAGAAGUAAUUUUUGCAGCAACAUGGCUUGGUUAUUUUAAUGCCUGCUUGAAUUCUGUGGUUUAUUCACUUUUAAAUAACAAAUUUCGUACUGCUUGCGCUAAGUUGUUGUGUGCAUGGCACUAUAACCGUGAACGACGACAUCAGUAUGGAUUAGAUCAUUUGAAGCAUUUUGGAGACACACCCAUCCAAUUAGCACUUGGUCGUGUUCCAUGGCAUAAAGAAUGUGAGUACGUAAAUCAAGCGCCAACAUGAAAGUUUUUCUACAGAAAAAAUGAAUAUAUUUUUGCAUUAUCAAAUAUAUACCCUCAGCAUUACCACACCACCGAAUCGAUUCAUAGUUUCAACUGUUUCACUGAACAAAGUCAUCUGAAGUGCGACUGCUGAUAUUCUUCAGAAACCAAAACCUCUCCUGUGCAUAUAUGGGCAUAUGCAUUUUAUCCUCUCCAUCUCUAAUGUGAUUACAAAUGUACAUAUCAGACUUGAAAUAUAAAAUUCUUGCAAAGUGUAUGUGAAUUUUCCUAUUUUCAUUAUUCUAGAUUAACUUUACAGUAUUCUUGAAAUGUUAUUAGACUUAAGGAACUUUCGAAAAGUCAAAAUAUAAGUACGAUGAAAUCAUCAAAUCAUCUUCAAUUUGUGGACUGAGUAACAAC